AAAGAUGGCGGCGGCGGAGGGGGCGCGCGCGGAGCUGCUUCAGCAAAACACAUCGCCUCGUUAGGGUCCGGUUCAGAAGAGGCGAAAACAACAACAACAACCCUGGGAUCACCAGGAUCAGAAUUUCCGGCCCGCCAGGAUAUCGAGUGGUGCCUUUAAAGUGAACAGAACUGAUUGGUGAUACAUUGUGCACAAGCCGAGGUGGGUGGGAUUAAACACACACCGACCGCUAGCUCUGGGGCUAAGCUAUCAAAGUAAGACGGGGUGAAGAGCGCGGUUAAUAGGCCGCUCCGCUGUCCCUCUGGAAGGGGGAUGUGAUCCAGCGGACGGUGGUGUUUCGUUGCUCGGGUCCCGGCGGAUCAUUUCACGCAGACGCGCUGGAGAAUGGGACAGCAGGUAGCGCGAGUGGGUGAGGGGGCCUCGGCGGCACUCCAGAGCCCACCGCACGGCCACUCACAGCACCAACCGCAGCCUCACCAAAGCAAAGGGAGCCGGGGGAGCAGCUCCGGGAGGAGACCGCGGGAAGCGACGAGCGCCGGGACACCAGCCUGCAGGCUCGCCGUGACCACUAACGCGUCCGACCCUGGAGUCAACAUAUUCACUCAGCAUUCAGAAGCCCUGCAUAGGCCGUUUGGAUUGGACUCGUCGGCUCUGACCGAGGCGGUGCGCUGGAGCUCAAAGGAGAACCUGCUGGGUGCUGCCGAGAGUGACCCCAACCUGUUUGUCGCACUUUACGACUUUGUAGCCAGUGGUGACAAUACACUGAGUAUCACAAAAGGAGAGAAGCUCAGGGUGCUGGGCUACAACCAGAAUGGUGAGUGGAGUGAGGUUCGCUCUAAGAACGGUCAAGGCUGGGUUCCCAGUAACUACAUCACGCCGGUGAACAGUCUGGAGAAGCACAGCUGGUAUCAUGGACCUGUAUCUCGCAGCGCAGCAGAGUAUCUGCUCAGCAGCCUCAUCAACGGCAGCUUCCUGGUCAGGGAGAGUGAGAGCAGCCCGGGCCAGCUCUCCAUUUCGCUGCGCUACGAGGGUCGAGUGUACCACUACCGCAUCAACACUGCCUCUGAUGGCAAGGUCUACGUCACCUCCGAGAGCAGAUUCAGCACAUUAGCCGAGCUGGUCCAUCAUCAUUCCACUGUAGCGGACGGUUUGGUGACAACGCUGCACUACCCAGCCCCGAAAUGCAACAAGCCCACUGUCUAUGGGGUCUCGCCCAUCCACGACAAGUGGGAGAUGGAGCGCACCGAUAUCACCAUGAAGCACAAGCUUGGAGGAGGCCAGUAUGGCGAGGUCUAUGUAGGUGUCUGGAAGAAAUACAACCUCACUGUCGCUGUCAAAACACUCAAGGAGGACACUAUGGAAGUGGAGGAGUUUCUGAAAGAAGCUGCUGUCAUGAAAGAGGUGAAACAUCCCAAUCUAGUGCAGCUGCUUGGUGUGUGCACACUGGAGCCUCCGUUCUACAUAGUGACGGAGUACAUGCCUCACGGCAACCUGCUGGAUUACCUCCGCGAGUGUGACCGUGAGGAGGUGAAUGCUGUCGUGCUGCUCUACAUGGCUACUCAGAUCUCCUCUGCCAUGGAGUACCUGGAAAAGAAGAACUUUAUUCACAGGGACCUGGCUGCACGAAACUGUCUCGUAGGGGAGAACCAUGUGGUAAAGGUGGCUGAUUUUGGCUUGAGUCGGCUGAUGACAGGAGACACGUACACAGCUCAUGCUGGCGCCAAGUUCCCCAUCAAGUGGACUGCACCGGAGAGCCUGGCCUACAACACCUUUUCCAUCAAAUCAGACGUCUGGGCAUUCGGAGUGCUUCUGUGGGAGAUUGCGACUUAUGGGAUGUCUCCAUACCCUGGUAUUGACCUGUCUCAAGUUUAUGACCUGCUGGAGAAGGGUUACCGCAUGGAGCAGCCAGAAGGCUGUCCCCCAAAAGUCUACGAACUCAUGAGAGCUUGUUGGCAGUGGAGCCCACUGGACAGGCCCUCGUUUGCGGAGAUACAUCAGGCCUUCGAGACAAUGUUCCAUGACUCGAGCAUAUCGGAAGAAGUGGCAGAGGAACUGUGUAAGACUGCCUCUUGUGGUAAGAGUGGGGUAGUGCACUCAUUCAGUCACGAUCAACCCCUUGUGCCCUCCAAGUCACGACCACAGAAGAAGCACUCGGAUAAUAAGGAUAACAUGGAGGGGCUGGAGAGUCGGCAUGAGCCUGGAGCUCACGGUCCUUCAGCCUCUCUGUUGGUAGGUGAUGGUCGUUCCAGUAGCUCUCCUGCUCUGCCUCGGAAGCAGAGAGACAAAUCUUCUGGUGGCCUGCUUGAUGACCCACUGGAUGCCACCUUUACUCGUGACCGCAAAGCUGGCUUCUUCAGCUCUUUCAUGAAAAAGAAAUCAACACCUGCUUCCACAUCACAGCCUCAGCACAACCUCCCCGUGACCCCCAGCGGCUCCUUUCGUGAGAUGGAGACACCGUCUCACAAGAAGUACGAGCCCACGACUGCGUUUGGCGGUCCUCCUCCACUGCCUCAGACUGAUGGCCUUGGCUUCUCCCCAUCUCAUGGAGAAGGAAACCAUGUUCAGUCACGGUGCUGUGGCGCCACUUUUGGGCAGAAGCUCUCUGGGUCAAACUCUUCCACUUCUUCUACCCAGGUGGGCAGCAGCAGUAGCUGGGCAGGACUUGCAGGCUUCUUCACACCACGGCUUAUCAAAAAGACCCUGGGGUUGAGAACUGGGAAGUCUUCUGGGACUGAUGAAGGGGGUGGGGGAGCCAGGCCCUUUCCUCGUUCAAAUUCAACAUCGUCCAUGUCAGCUGGGCUGCCAGAUUUGGAGCGCAUGGCACUAACAUUACCCAGGAACCGUAGCAAGCCACCUUUGGAGCGCACAGUAUCCACCACUUCACAGCCAGAGGAUGAUGCCCCACGACCCUCAGAUGCUCCACCCAGGAAGCUGGAUGAGGGCACAGCACAGAUCCGGGACAGACCCAAAGCUAAACUACUGCCACGUGCAGUAUCCGUGGGCACAGGAGCAGCUAGGGCACCAGGGGUUGGGGGUGAGGCAGAGUCUGAUGCUCAUACUCAGGGUAGAGUGGGGCAGGAUGACAGGCCAGCCUGGUCUUCUCCGUUGAAAACGUUAGUUGGCCCACACAAUCAUAAAGUCCCGGUCCUGAUCUCUCCUACAUUGAAGCCUGGCACAGCUGAUGCGCACCUGGUUGGUGUAGACUCGCAGGGCAACCGCUUCAAACUGUUGGCCGACAGUGGCAGUGAUCGACCACGACUGAUUAAGCCCAAGUGUGCCCCACCUCCUCCACCCACACUGCGCUCUCUCCAACACAGUUACAGCACAGAUGGUGCCGAUGAAGCGACUAACACGGCCCCGGAGGUCAAUGGAGACGGGGUUAAAAGGUCAGGGAGAGGGUCAGGAGGAGCUCGACCAUGCAUACCGCCGCCACAAGCACCUCCAGCACCUGCUACUUCUUCCAGUAAUGCAACAACAAGCAAGAUGGCCAACGGUGGCACUACCACCACUGCCUCAAAGCUGAUGCUGAGACGGACCCGGCAGCAGGUGGAACGUAUCCCGCUGGAAAAGGUCAGUAAAGAAGCUCUGCUUGAGUGUGCUGAGUGCCUGAGCCUUGCGCUCAACAACAGUACAGAGCCAUGCUCUAGCAGCCAAGUCUUGGAUGCUGGUCACCAGUUACUCGACUACUGUUCAGGCUAUGUAGACUGCAUCCCACAAACGCGUAACAAGUUUGCAUUCCGUGAGGCUUUGGGGAAGCUGGAACUCAGCCUCCAGGAACUGCGGGCUUCUUCUACGGGUGGAGGAGGGGGACUAGGUGGAAGUGGGACAAGUCCCGCUCUGGACAACUUGCAUUCUUGCAUUAAAGAGAUCAGCGAUGUGGUGCAAAGGUAGUUGGUGGAGUCACACAAAACCCCACUACCUUAAUAGAACUUUUUACAAGUUUUUAAAGUAUUGUUUUGUAAAUGAUUUUGGACAGAGGAUAUUCUCUCCAAAGUACCUCAGUAAAAUCACUACAAAUGGUCUCUCCCCCUCGGUCAUUGUUUACAGUGGACUUUUGAAAUCGUCAGUUGGAAACGGAGCUCUAAACUUGUAAAUAAGCUUGCUGUCCAAAACAAAUCACGUACAGUUUGUUUUUUUGUUUUUUGCCCAGGUUCGGCUACUUAUUUUGUGAUCAAGAGCGCCUACAUUUUAAAGUAAUAGACUAAUCAAUACCCACGAACCAGUUGUUUGGCAUAUUUAUAUGAUGAUAUUAGGAAGAUUGCUGAUUAUUGUGAUUAUUACACGGAUUAUUACACUUUACUCACAAAACUGGAUAUAUGAUUGUGUCUGAAUGCACAUCACCGUAGAGAUAGAACAGGCAUGUCCUGGUGGGCUCUGCACACACGGUUCAAUAUUAGCAGUACUGAGCCUUUGGCACAAAGGAUACAUCAUGCAGUCACAGUCACCUCUAAUUGAUUUCGUACAUGUAUGUAUCGACAGUUCAGCGAUUGAUGGAAGGUUAUGGUUCUGUAGCAGUGUAGGCUAAUGCCGUUCUCUGUAUGCCAGUGUUUGAGGUUCUACUGCUAUUUACUUGUGAGGAAAGGUGCCUGGUCAACAUACUGAACAUGGAGCAUCGUGUAUUUUGUUUGAGUAAGAUUUGUUCUCGGUGUCGGAAUUUUUAGCUGUCAAAUUCAGGAUUCACAUUUCUGUCCAUAGAAUCAGAAUCAUUUUUAUUUAUUAUUGUUAUUUUUUUCAAAACGCAGACCUCCAAGCCAUCUAAACUCUAUGGGGACAAUCAUAUGAUGCAUGAUGAUGAUGAUGAUGAUGGCAGAUAAUUCCAGCUGAUAGACAAGUAUUUAAUAAAUACUUAUUUUUUGAUUUUGGAGCAGGAAACAUGUUAAAAUCUAACAUCAGAAAGACUUGAUGAAUAAAGGACAGUUUCAUAUCCAGUAAUUAUGCCAGAAUCUAACAAAUCAAAUAGGUAAAUGUUUUACUGGUAUUCCUAUAGAUAUGUGAAUGUUGAUUAUAGGCUAUGACUAGGAAUGUUUUCAGAGGUUACAAGCAGGUUUGGCACCUUGACCCAACAGUUGAAUGUGCUGAUUUUGACACAGAUAUGAGCUCUUGUUUGUCUGGAUGAGACACGGGCACAAGUUUGGACACUGUGGUUUCCCGCUGUGACUAUAGACACUCACUGCAGAACAGCAACUUUACUGCAAUAUUGCUAGAUAUAAGUGACACAGCAAACUGCCAUUUCUAUAGCACAUUGAUUGAUUGAUUUUGUAUUUUUUUUUAACUUUAGAAUGUCUUCUAAACUUGAAUUUUAAAUUAUUUCUUAUUAAAAGCACAAUUUUUGUUAUAGUAAAUAAAUAAUUGUGCAUUAUGUCCUAUGAGAAGCAUUAAAGACCAUCUUUAUGUAGCUUUGACUGGUUGCCUGAUCCAGAAGGACAUUGUUCCUAAUAGAAAUCAUCGAAAUGAAACCAAGGUCUCCAUCUGAACAUCACCAUGAAUGUAUCCAUCUUGUCAAAUGUUGCAUGAUUUCGUAGGGCUUGACCAGACUCCAAACCAUCAAAAUAGGGUGCAAUUUCCUUUUUCUUUUCUUUUAUUUGAAGCCUUGUAAUGUCGUUAAAGUUAUGUACGUUUUACACUGGAUGCCGUUUUAAAGUAUAGAUGUUAAUAAUGGGCUUGCCUUAAAUCAUCUAUACGAUGUAAUAUGGAAACGUUGUCUGUACCAUUCAUCUCGAAUUCAUUUUGAUUCCUCUCGACCAGAACGUCAUGUAUGCACGGAACGUACAUUUAGGGAGCAGUUUUGGUUUGAAUCCAAUGACGCUUGGUGGUUUUCUCUACCAUAAGCCGUUUUCCGCAGUUUCAUGGUGCCUUUUCACGAGAGAUUUCAUAGUUAGCGAUGGAAAAAUGCAUUGGGAGGAUGCAAAUGGAGAGCAGUUACUCUUUGAAACGUAAAAUAAUGCUUGACUCAUCAGUAGCUAUAGGAUGCCUGACUUGAACAGAAAGAUGUGCAAUGUUUUGUCCUCUAGCAAUGUAAAAAAAAAAAAAAAGGGCAGGGCUUUGAAGACCGUUUUAAUUUUGCUGAGGAGAUCGUUCGGUGGUAAUAUCUUGUUGGGAUUUCCUCACUCGGACUAAAUCCUCAUACAGUUUUAUAAAAAAAGUUAUUAUAGAUAGCUAAACUAUAAAGAGAUGUUCAGAUUUAUUCAAACAGCAGGAAAUCUAGUUGUUUGAAAUGGAAAAACUUUGACCGUUGCAUAGCUUUUGGGAGGAGGUUUUAGAAGAAAGGGUUGAAAGGUUUACCCUAGCGAAAGUGAUUUUCAGGGAAUAUUUUUGAUAGGAGAAUCUGAAAUGGCAAUGAAAGCUUAUGGUUCAUCGUCACUACUGACUUGAACCAUAAAUUGACUUAAUUUGCCCAGAUAUUAAUGUCCAGUCGUGCAUCAUACAGUUCAGUGGGAUUGCCUUUCUGUAAUUUGGCCUUUUUAUGUAGUUUGGUAUGUUCAUUAUACAGUACAUGUGCCAUAUGAAUUGGCAACAAGUCAAACCUGUGAAGUCGAGAAGUGAUUUUACACACAAUUUCCUGUUCCUGUUUGCUGGUCUAUGUUCACAGUCAUCUUUAUACAACUGUACAACUUUUUAUUAGCUCUUUUUCACUCUGCAUUUUUAUUUUGACACUGUCUCUUUAAUUUAUUUUUUGGUUUUAUGUAUUUUUUUUUUUUUUUAAGAAAUAUUGAAUCCUGGAAAUAACAUGUUUUUGUAUGUAGAUUUUUUUUUUUUUUAAUGUAAACUUCGUUUAUAUACCAAAGGCCACCUCUGCAGUCCUUCAAGUGCAAUGACAAAUGGAACACUCUCUUAAUUUUAAAUAUGUGAAUUUUAAGGGGGAUUUUAAAAGGGCAGACAGAGGUUGACAGAAUAACAGUAUUUUUCUGUUAUGUAAAAAGUAUAUUUUGUGUGAUUCUAAUUUAAAGCUCACUUUUAAUAGCAUAUUACUGUGAAGUGCUCCCUCAGUGUUACACUUGAUGUAAAUAA